CACGGUUUUAACGUGACAAUCUCACGAUAAAUCGGCCACGAGUGAAAUCCGGGACAAUUCAAGCUGGAGCUUCGUACACCGAAACUGUUCUGUGCGAAGCGUCACAUGUGUCGGAAUCACAGACCUGAGCCAACGAUGACGUUGAAACCUGAUUGAUGCCCAUCACAAGUCCGACUCGCCACGGAUAUCUGAACAUUUCGUCACACACACCGACGAGUCUUGAGCUUCACCAGAUCUUUCACAGUCAUGAAGAAUACUCUGAUUGAUAGGCUAUAUCGUCGUGAGACAUAUGGCUCCAACAUCGCUUCCAACAGCUACCGCAAGCUGUACAGCGAUCGCCGCCUGAUCGACGACCUGGACAUUGUUAAUGAACUUGAUGGUCAUUCUGGAUGUGUCAACGCGCUGAGCUGGUCUAAGUCGGGUAGUCUGCUGGCAUCAGGCUCAGACGACCAGCAUCUGAACAUAUACGCCUACCAACCCACGACCGUCAACAGCCAGUUUCAACUCACCGCGACCGUGGCUACCGGUCAUACUCAGAACAUCUUCUCGGUCAAAUUCAUGCCCCACAGUCAGGAUCGAACAGUCAUCACAGCAGCUGGAGAUGGAGAGGUGCGCAUCUUUGACCUGGAGUACUCGGGACAGGCAAGAGCAGCAUCUCGGGCAUCACAUCUCGCAACGGAAGGGAGGAGGCGUGGCCGGAACACAAUCUUCGAUGGAGUAAGAUAUAUGAGCGAUGGAGAUACCAAUUGUCGGGUAUAUCGGAGUCAUGGAGAUCGAGUGAAGCGGAUCGUGACCGAGUCAUCGCCCCAUUUAUUUCUGACAUGCUCGGAGGACGGCGAGGUUCGUCAAUGGGAUUUACGCCUGCCGAGCUCAGCGUAUCCGUCACCUCGCGACGCAUCGAGCGGCAACAUCCCGCCGCCACUCAUCUCGUACAAACGCUACAACCUCGAUCUGAACACCAUCUCGUGCUCGGGGAGUCAGCCACAUUACAUCGCUCUCGGAGGCGCACAUCGGCAUGCCUUCCUCCAUGACAGACGUAUGACUGGCCGCGAUCGUUUGGCAGAAGCUGGAGUGCCGCUGUCAUCGCCAGAGAACCUGUCUUCAGAACAGCAAGAAUUACUAGGCCAAGCCACAAGAUGUGUGAGGAAAUUCGCUUCACCGAACCAGAAAAAGGCAGGAGCGCGCGACAAUGGCCAUAUCACAGCAUGCAAGAUCAGCGAUGCUCGACCGGAUGAGAUGGUGGUCAGUUGGUCAGGUGACCACAUUUACUCCUUUGAUCUGAUUCGAGAGUCUCCAUCUGAUGCUCAAGGGAGCACUUCUCCAACCAAAGGCAGUCGUGUCAAGGAAAGUCGCGACCGCAAACGGAAGCGAAAGGCAGAUAGCAGUCAGGGAUCUACAGGUCGAGCAGCCACUGCUCGUGCACAGGGCGAUAGGCAAACUCCAAUGCACGACACUGCACUCCGCAUUCACUAUGGAAAUGGCCAGAGCGAGGACAUUCCUUUCGCGAAUGAACGUGUGUUGACGGAAAAAGAGCGUGGUGCUCAACGUUUCGCCAAAGCGACUGGCGAGAUCAAAUCAGCUCUGCUCAGUCAAUCAUCAUCAGCGACUUCUCCGGACCCGACGGCCGACUUCACACGUGCUCUCGGUCGAUGCGCGAGUAUCAUGUCUGACAUGGACGAGGCGAUUCGGAAUUGGUCUUACCCAAUGCGUCCGAGCCCUGAACAAGUCUAUCUCCAGAAAACCCUCCGUCGAAACAGAGAGAGCACCAGACGCUUCGUACAAACCGCCGGCACACUCGCGCGAGUGCUAGGCGGCAGAAUACAAACCCCCUCCAGUACAAGCCCCAUGAUUGCCCAUUUCUCCAGUGUCGAAACGAGCAACAGCCAUCUCGAACUCCCUCCCGAAGAGCGCUUCGUCUACGACUUCAUCAAAGCCAUUCUGCUCUGGCUCGACUCUGGUAUCGGCCGGCUGAUCGACGGCUUCGUCCGACCUGUAGACGUCCGACCCGGCUCAAAGGCCGGCACACGUCUCCCCAUUCCCGAAGACGACGCGACCACAGAAGCCAUCGAAGACUACCUCAUCCCCUAUCUCCUUGUUCUCGCUGGAGAUGAGCCUAUCAUUGACGUCGAAACCAAUCGCUUCGAAAUUGACCAACGACGCUAUGUUUUUUCGAAUCGGAAGGCUGCGGUCAUUGCGUUCGCUCGUGCAACUAGGACGCCUUUUGCUGAUCUUAGUUCUGCGGUCGUUCAGGCGGAAGGUGAGACUUUCGCCGAAACACAGGAUCGUGCCGAGGCGCAUGCGUUCUGGGCGACGAAGGUCGCGAGGGGGUUGUUGCUGGAUGUGGGUCGGGUUGUUACUGAACAAUUCGUUAAUCGUGGUUUUGGAGGUUAUGUGACGAAUGGUCAGGAUGGUGCGGAUGAGGAAAUGCGAGAGACAGAUGGUGCUGUGGAUGAGCAAGUGGCUUUCCAGUCAAAUGAUGGCAACAUCUCUUCUUUUGAGGAAUCACCAGUCGUUGCUGACGGCGAAGACGACGAUGGUGAUGAAGGGGAUGACGAUGACGAUAAUGAUAAUGAUGACGAACUAGGACUGACUAACGAUGACCUGAUGGAAAUUCUCGAGGAAGACGAAGUGCUUGAUGAAGACGAAGACGAAGUCAACGGAGAAGACGAGGAGGACGAAGAGGAAGACGAGGACGCUGAUAGCGAGCCUUAUGAAAGCUCCGAGCCUGACGAAGAGGAUGGUGUUCCAAAUCUUGGUGUCCCACGACUUGUCUACCAGUCGGCCGCUGCACGUCGAAAGCAAAAAGCUAGCGUGGAAAGAGACAUCGUCAGCUAUGGUCCCACUCGGACCUAUAAGGGUCACUGCAACGUCCAGACAGUCAAGGACGUCAACUAUUUUGGUCCGGAUGACGAAUAUGUGGUCUCCGGCUCUGACGACGGUAAUCUCUUCAUCUGGGAUCGGCGCACUUCCGAGCUUGUCAACAUCCUCGAAGGCGACGGCGAAGUAGUCAAUGUCGUCCAGGGCCACCCUUAUGAAACGAUGAUGGCCGUCAGCGGCAUCGAUCACACCAUCAAAAUCUUCUCGCCGGAUGCCCGUGCUCGUCAGGUCGCGCGUCUCGGACAGGGUGUUUCCGCCCACGAUGCAGCUUCUUUUAGUUCCCUCUCGUGGCCGCGGAGAAGAGGAUUGCGGCGACAUAUUGGUCAUCGUCAAUCCGCAACCGAAACCGAAAAUCUAGCCGCUGAAGCCGAGGACGAGGACGGAUUGGCAUCGGCACAAGUCGCACAACAGCAGGCGGUACAUGCCGACGAGGACGAUGACUAUGUCGCACCGAAUGGCCUGACGAGUCGAAAGAGGAUGCACGAUUGCGAGCGGAUUGUUCGGCAGAAUCAGCGACAACGAGAGGAGGGUAACCAGGAAGCUGUGAUCACGAUCAGCCGUCAACAACUCCUCCAAAUGCUCUUCGCACACUGGGCGAACGCAUGAGAAAGGCCGACUACUACCACGCUUUUCCUCCGCCGCCACCGACAAGCACCAUUCCUCACUUACACAUGCAUGGCUGCUCCUAUUGUCCCCCUCUAAUCGACUCACUCGCUGACGAAUUGGCUCUCUCUUUCCGCCUUUUCUCGGGAAUUUCAGCGCGCUAUGUUGGCUCAACUUGCUGAGAGAAUUCAAUUGCAUCGGGCUGUGGCCGGCUUGCCGCCAUCGGAUGAUAACGAUCAGUUGAGAGUGGUUUUGAAUCAGAGCUGUGCGCAGC